AUUUAUUGUCAACACAAAACAUACUCCGUAUAUCCCAAAGUAACCUGCACUCAGUUUCUGACUGUGUGUAUUUCUCACCAAUCCUAGCUCAUUCCCUUUCUCUCUCUCUCAAAUUCUACUGUUCUGUGCUCCGUUUCUCUAUCUACAAUCACUGCAUUUACUCGCACUGUAUGUAAGCAAAAACCCUAGGACCUUCACGAUCCUAUCUUGAUUGCCCGUCGGAGCUGAGUUCUCAUUUGCCAUGCCAUCGAAGAUCUGAGCUGAUUUCCGGCCCGUUUUCUCUGUUCCCGGUUGGGUUGGCUGCUCGGCUUGCAUCGGAGAAAUGUAUAAGAACCAGCUACAGGAACUGGCCCAGAGGAGCUGCUUCAACUUGCCGUCUUAUAGUUGCAUCAGAGAAGGUCCGGAUCACGCGCCCCGGUUUAAGGCCACGGUGAACUUCAACGGCGAGACUUUCGAGAGUCCCCAUUACUGCUCCACGCUCCGGCAGGCUGAGCAUUCUGCAGCAGAGGUGGCGCUCAAUGCUCUUGCCAACCGUGGACCUUCCAAUUCGCUUGCAGCGAGAAUUUUGGAUGAGACUGGGGUAUACAAAAAUCUCUUGCAAGAGGUUUCUCAAAGAGUAGGGGCAUCAUUGCCAGUCUAUACAACUUUCAGAUCAGGCCUAGGACAUCUACCUAUCUUCACGGGUACUGUAGAGUUGGCAGGUGUUAUAUUUAGUGGAGAGCCAGCUAAAAAUAAAAAGCAAGCUGAAAAAAAUGCAGCCAUGGCAGCUUGGUCAUCCCUGAAAUUAUUGACACAACAAACCGAGAGCUCAACACCACCAGAUAAAGGGAGAAAUGAUGAGCAAGAACAUGUAACUGUAGCGCGAGCUUUGCAUAAAUUUCUGAUCAAGGCGAAGUUGGCCAGAAUCCCGUUUCCCAUAAACUUUUCCACCCCAAGUCCAAGACAAUCAAAUAAUAUGCAGCAAACUCCAGCCACCACAUCCAAAAUACUUCCCCUGAUAUGCCCAAGAACUACUCACAGCCGACCUGCCAGUCCAGUGUGUCUAAGACCCACUGCCCAAAGUAUACCCAAUAUGGCUGAGAAGUUUCCUGCAGCCAGUGCCGCACCUUAUAUUCCGAUUCGGCAUUUUAGCCCUCACCAUAGGGUUGCACCUCCGGUGACAAUACGUAAUGCCAUUCCAGUUUUCUCAGCACCUCCGCUUCAGUCUCCAAGAGUAGUGGGGCACACAGUUCUAGGGAUGCCUCCAUCUGUCUCAAUCAGGCACGUUGUGCCUGUUUAUGCUGCCCCUCCCCCUGUUCGGGCAGAGAAGUUACCCGAAGAAGUAAAGGAGCCACCAUCUUCUAAAGCUCCGCCAGUUAAAGCCCCGUUAGCUCAGAUACAUCACCAACAAGCUAAACUGGCAUCAGACAAAGCAGAGGAUACAGUUCUUUCUGAAGCUCCGCCGCUUUCAAUUGACCUUCAAGCUUGCUCAGUGGUUCCUGUGAAGGAGGAGAGACAAGAGGAGAAGGGUCUGGAAAUUGAGAAGCUAAAGAUCUGAUCUGAUGUAUGUCCAGAAUAUCAUUCACAGAGUUUCAAGAAACCUUCUAUAGCCUUUUGUUAUUGGUGCACCAUUGUAUGCGGCCUUGUUGUAGUGAUUAAUUUUUCAUUUAAUUUGUUUUCCUUUUUCAAAAUAUUGUUCUUUCAAGUAGAGUUCAAUAGCAGUACCGAGCACUUAGCAGUCUCGGUGGAAGUGAAAUCUUGGCUCCUCUCCAAGUCUGCUGCGUCUGGCCGAUAGGUAGGCAUUUAUCUUGUUUUACAUGUUUUAAGAGGUAGCUCGCCCAAAACGUCUUCUUCACAAGGCUAUGAGAGUUUUUAUUUUUUAAUGAUCCUUUGUCUAGUUCAAACUUCAAAGGGGAGUGUGAUGGUGCGAGGGCUGAAUAAUAAAAGUAAUACGGAGUAAGACCCUAAUUUGAUUUGCAAAAAUUCUAUUAUGAUUGUCCUAGAAUGGUUUUUCACUUUCCAUUAUAGGUAUUAAAAUAUGAAUAAAGUGACAAAAUAAAU